AUGUGUGACAUAUACAGCCUGGACUCCCACUGCGUGUCUCCACAAUGCAACAUGAGUUGGGCGAUGGAGCCAGCUAACUUCUACGAGAGCAUCAAAGUGAGUGGCCCCCAGCAAGGCGUGUGCAAGCCGGGCAUGAGGGGCCAAGCUGAGGGCGAGGACGGCACCAUGGUGGAGCUGAGCAACGCGCCUGCAAUCUACGAUGACGAGAGCGCGAUCGACUUCAGUCAGUAUAUCGAGUCCAUGACAGCGGUGCCAAACCUGGAGCUGUGUAACGAUGAACUUUUCCUUGACCUGUUCAACAACGUGAAACAGGAGAAGGAAUUUUAUGGAAUGACAGCGGCGCCAGUGCUGUCAAACGCACUGAGCACAGGGUACCCCACGGAGAGGAGCGUGGACUGUGGCUUGAAUAAAGGGAUGUUCAGUGCUCCGAUCAAGCAGGAGUCCGACUGGAGCGACAGUGACAUGUCCUCGUCCCUGCCCUCUCAGAUCGAGAGGUGCGCACAGACCUCCGUGAGCCUUCCUAUGGGACAGCCAACGCCACCCACGAGUCCGGAGCCCGGGUCUGUGGGCAAGUCCUCCCCGCGGAAAGCAGGAAGAGAAAGAGGCAAGAAGUCCGUGGACAGAUACAGCGUGGAGUACAGACAGAGGCGAGAGAGGAAUAACAUUGCUGUGAGGAAAAGCAGGGACAAAGCAAAGAGGCGAAACAUUGACAUGCAACAGAAGAUGAUCGAGCUGAGCGCAGAUAAUGACAGACUUCACAAAACGAUCGAGCAGCUAACGAGAGAUCUCCAGGGGCUCCGGGAUUUCUUCAAGCAGAUUCCGAACUCUGCGUUUGCAGGCUCCACGAGUUUGGAGAGUCGGUGA